UAAAGAAGAACAGUUGCUUAGUAAGAUGUCGAUGUUGGCGACACUGCUAAUCUCUACUGCACUCUUAUGCGGAAUUGCAUCCGGGAAGUUUCAGUGCGUAGGGACUUGUUAUUCAGGACACAGCCAUCCGAGGGAUGUCGAUACCUUCCAAGGAAAGUACAUUAAGGGAUAUUCGUAUAAAAAUCUAACCACGACAGACCAUGUCACGUGCUAUCGGUCGUGCAUUCAAGACUGUCGAUGCCAAGCUUGUCAGAUCAAAGGCGAUCGAUGUGAGCUUCUUGAUGCUGACAAUAAAUUCUCUGGAGUAAAGUUCAAUGACGAGGAGGGAUAUGUGUAUUAUGACCUUGCACAGACCCAGUACAAGGGGAGCCUGUUUAAGGACAAUUUCGGAAAUAAAUCUCACAUGAAUCCUCCCGAUGGGUGUUAUAACGGCUGUUGUAAAAUGCAGCCAUGCCUAAAUGGCGGAACAUGCCAAGAUUUAUGCCAAACCCCCAAACAAAAAUUCUUCUGUCGAUGCCCGCAUCCUUUCACAGGCCGCGUAUGCCAAAUGACGGCAUCAUCUUGCUUGGACUUUCUCAGAAACUCACACACAAAACUACCACCAAAUGGCAAGUACACAAUUUACCGAAGUGACAACGGAUCGCCUCUUGAUGUAUAUUGUGAUUUCAAAACUCCACACCAAGUUUUUACAUUGAUCGAAUCGUAUAGUAGAGAUAACAAAGAUCUAUCAGUAUACCAAAAGAAUCCAUAUCAUGAUGAUUUUCCAAGACACAUGGAUGCCCUGCCUAAGUGGGAUGACUAUCGAUUAUCCUUGAGUGCCAUGAAGUACAUCAGAACCAAGUCCUCAUUGUUCAGAGCUACCUGUGAAUUCCAAAAGAGAAUGGGAGGAAGUCUGAAACCUGAUUUUCUUCUUGGUUCCCUAAGUGAUUAUGAUAUCAUCAAUAACGGUGACGUUAUUGGCGUGACAAUUUGUAAAAGAUACAAAUACAUCAAUAUUAGGAACCAAGAGUACUACAAUCAAACGGCACUUACAUAUUCUAAGAGUAACGUUCAUCACAUACAUAUUGAGCCUGAUUCUUUUUGCGGUUUUGUUGUUUCUGACGAGGGAGUUAGUGAGGAAUUCUUUGGAGUUUACAAUCCAAUAUAUCCAACAUUCAAAUGUGUGGAGACAGGCAGCUCCACGACACAAUGGUGGUUAGGAGAGGAGUUAUACUAGUGAAUGUUAAUUCAUCGAUUGAAUUUUAAGAAAAUUCCAGUCCUAGUGGCAGAU